AUGCACUCAUGGGGAGUCGCGGUUUUUCUUAGCAUAAUUCAUUAUGUCGCAUCACAAUGUUUAGAUGGUGUCCAUAACGUUAUAACCGUAGACUCGUACGGUAGUGCAAAGCUACCUGUUCGAGUUCGUAACAUAACCAUACUAGUAUAUGAUAUCCAUUAUCGACCGAGCUGCCAUCACGGUCAAGUCAAUGUUGUUUUGCCUGGGUACUUCAAGCUUAUUUCAGGAGAACUUGAAGUUCCUAAAGAUUAUGAUCUGUUCUCGUCAAAUCUGGUCCGAGCCACAGUUAAACUUGGAGGCACGAGUAUUUGCGACAACGGCGACAGCGGGAUGAUAAUUGUGCCAAGCAAGCUAUGUCAUUUCGACAUCAAAAAUGUGAUUCCUGCUGAAAUUUGUCGGAUAUUACAGAAGAAAGGAACGCAUACCCUCAAAGAACUCGAAGAGAAAAUAAACUUCAACUCAACGCUUGAGCUUCCUCCAUCUCCUUCCUUCCUAGGAAUCACAUUAUUGGAUCUACUUAAGGGAGAAUACUACAUCAAAGUUGCACUGGAAGUUGAACACAAUAAAAUCAUGGAGAUUGCGAUGCCUUCAGGCUUUAAGGCGUUGAAGAUGGGACUACAAGAGGAUGAUGAUUAA